GAAGGGCAGGAGAGGUGGGGUGUGUCUGAACGCCUAAUCCAGAAUUAUCCUCUGACUCAGACCUGACUAGGGAAAGAAUAAUCUGGGAGGCAGAGAAUAAACAGGCUGUGUCCGUAUACAACCCGUUGGAUUGCAACCUUACAAUAUUUGGAACCAUGGCACUCAUGAGGUCAGGCUGGCUUUGGAGGCAGACAUCUGUGCUGAAGCGCUGGAAGUUAAACUGGUGUGACCUGUGGAUAGACGGGAGUCUCUGCUUUUACAAGAGCGACAGCCGGCGAGAGUUGGAGCACCGCGUCAACCUCAAGUUCACGUGCAUAGACGUGCGGAGCGGCCUGGAAUGUCGAGGCGUGGCUCCUCCUGAGACCAACCCCCAGGACAAUGUCAUUGUGGUCCAGUUCAAGGACGGCUCAACGAUGAACCUGUGUGCCAACAACGAGGACGAGUCCAUAGCCUGGAAACUGACCAUGCUCGAAACCAGGAGGAACCCGGUGUUCACGUAUGACCCGUACAACGACUCCUAUGAGGCCGUACCCCUCGGCCACUACCACACCUUCUACAUGACGCCUGGAGCAGGACCAGGUACCCACCAGGUGAUAGUUCAGAGGGACCCCUUCGAUGGCGUGUUUGACCACCUGGCGCUAGGAUUACUGGCAGGUAUGGCGGCAGGAGCGGCCAUGCGAUCCUUCCUCUGGGCGCCCGUCUUCUUUUGCUGAGAUGAACGAAUGCCGCAACCGUACAGAGCACCUUUAGCUUGUCUAUUUGUACAAACACCAGCGAAACAAGCGGACGUAGGUAGGCUCCUUUUGUUCGCCUUUUCUUCCCCGUGUGCAAUCAUUUUGCUUAUUAAACAAAAUGUAACUGCUGCUGUGUUAAGGCCAUCCAUGCAUUUCCUAUGCUGCUUAUCCUCACACGGAAGAACCAUGCACCAAGAACCAGUGCAUGUUUUUGGAACACACGGAAUCGAACCCGGGUAUUUCCGAUCUCCUGUAUGGGCAACAUGCAAACCACUGUUCCCCCGUGCGGCCUGUGUUAAGUCAUAUUGGCUUAUUGAGGUGGUGUCGUGGUUGUCUCCCAACAUCAGGGUUGUUGGUUUGAUCUCCACUGAUGAUAGAAAGGCAUUACACAAUAGUCCAAUGACCAUUUCCAGUACAUUUUAAACAUUUGGGCUAAAGUGCAUCGUUUUAUGGCUAUGUCAAAAAAGGCUGUUAAAAAUGUGAAUACAAACAUCUUAGGUCCCACUAAGUCAGGGGUGUCCAAAGUGCGGCCCGGGGGCUAUUUGUGCCACAUUCUAAUAAAAUAAUAAAACAAAAAAUCCAAAACAAUAGCAAAAUAGGAAAUAUCAGCAGUAAUUCUACAACAAUAAAGUGGAAAUAUGACUAACAAAAAAGUUAAAAUAUUACCAGCAUACACUCUGGUAAAAAAUAAUAUAAUUUUAGUACCAUAGAGUUGAAAUAUUAUA